AUGGUAGCGGUGAACCGCACGACCAAAAUGCUCUCUUUCAUCAACCACAGAAUCCGAGCGACGAUCGUGGACGGGAGGCAAAUCGUCGGCCGAUUCGUCGCCUUCGACAGACACAUGAACUUAGUCUUGGCGGAUUCGGAGGAGUUUCGGAAACUUCCGAAGAAGAAGAAAACGAACACUACUACGAAAGAAGAAGACGAUGAAGAUGCAGGAGGAGACGUGCGAAGAGUCCUUGGAUUCGUGUUACUGAGAGGCGAAGAAGUCGUCUCGGUCGCGGUGGAAGGGCCGCCGAUUCGCGUGAAGAAAAUUUCCUCGCAGAAGCAAGGAGCGGACGCCGGAGGUAUUCCGGGAGGGGGCGUGGCGAGACCGGCGGGGAGAGGCGCGCCGAUGAUGAUGCCGGGGAUGAUGCCGCCGCCGGGGUUAGGGCAGCAACAACCUUCGAGUGGGCCUCCGGGGAUGAUGAUGCCGCCGCCGGGCUUUCGACCCGGGAUGGGGCCUCAGUAA